UAAAUCUUCUAAACAUAUUUUCUGUACUUCCAGUUUUUGCUUAUGUAUUGUCCCUGGCAUUUGGGGAAAAUGUUGACUUGGCAGAACUGUGCAAUACUGUUAAACCACCUCCCCGGCGUUAUGAUUGGCUCGUUUCCUCUUGGCCACGCCCACACACGGAAGUGAAAUCGCGUGUGGCGCGCAAUAAGGAAGUGGAUGGAGCGGUUUAACAACAUGAAGACGUCGAAGUUUUCUCGACUUGUUCAGGGAGUCGUACCGGAGGAAAAAGAGUCGACUUUGUCUGAGGAGGACCUGCAGGAAUGUGGAUUAACAGGAAUUAAUCUGAGGGACCACCAGCUGAAAGGAGUACGAUGGCUCGUAGAGUGUUUGAAUACUUCUAAAGGCUGCAUCCUAGGGGAUGAAAUGGGCCUGGGUAAAACCUGUCAGGCCAUCAGCUUGCUUCUGUAUGCUCGAGGACAUCUCAAAACUAAAGGGCCCUUUCUGGUUCUCUGUCCUCUAACAGUUCUGCAAAACUGGCAAGACGAGUUGACAAAAAUCAGUCCCAGUCUGUCAGUGAUCUGUUACCAUGGCGAUAAACAAGAGAGAGAAAACCUGCAGAAAGAAAUGAAUGAGAAAAAAUUUGACGUCCUGCUGACUCACUACACGCUAUGUCGGAAUGAUGCAUCAGUUUUAAGAAGGUGGAAAUGGGAGAUUUUGGUUGUGGAUGAGGCUCAAGAGAUAAAGAACAUAAAGUCAAAGCUUCACCAGAUCCUCACCGAGUUCAAUGUGAACUUCAAGCUUUUGCUAACCGGAACUCCGAUCCAGAACAAUGUGCAAGAGGUUUACUCAUUGCUCACCUUCAUCCAGCCACAUGCUUUCCCACCAGGUGCAAUAGAGGACUUCGUGAAUACGUAUAAAGAUGUCCAGACCGGUAGCUCACAAGCUCGGGAUCUCCACGAGGUUAUCCGGCCCUUCUUGCUGCGCAGGGUGAAGGUCGCGGUGGAGACAAACCUGCCAAAGAAAGAACAGAUAUUGAUUCAUCACGGGAUGAGUUCUCUCCAAAAAUCCUGCUACAAAGCCAUUCUGAUGAAGGAUCUGAGUGUGAUUGAGGGCGAUAAAGGCGGCCAAAAUCGCCUCCUAAACAUUCUAAUGCAGCUGAGGAAGUGCGUGAACCACCCAUACUUGUUCAACGGUGUGGAGCCCGAGCCGUAUGAGAUAGGGGAACACUUGGUGAAGGCGAGUGGGAAGCUGUCUCUGCUCGACAAAAUACUUGCCUUCUUAUCUGAUAACGGUCAUCGAGUUCUGCUGUUUUCCCAAAUGACCAGGAUGUUGGACAUCGUGCAGGACUACCUGGAGUACAGAGGUUACAGUUAUGAACGUGUCGACGGCUCGGUGCGAAGAGAAGAGCGCAAUUUGUCUAUCAGAAACUUCAAAACCAAAGACAUCUUCAUCUUACUGCUCAGCACCAAAGCUGGUGGGGUUGGUUUAAACCUGACGGAAGCCGACACUGUAAUUUUCCUAGACAACGAUUUUAACCCCCAGAACGACCUGCAGGCUUUGUCUCGAGCUCACCGGAUCGGCCAGACGAGGCCAGUGAAAGUGAUCAGGCUGUGUGGGAGGGACACGGUGGAGGAGAUCAUCUUAUCUCGCGCUGCAUCCAAACUCCGUCUCACCGACACUGUGAUUGAGGAGGGACAUUUCUCUCAGAUGGACAACGCUAGUGAUUUUGAGUUAAAGGAAAUCCUGACGUUUGGAACAAGCAGUCUGCUGGCCACAGAUGAGAGUUUUGUUUUGGACGUGGACUUGGAGGAGAGCCUGGGUCGGUCCGAAAACGGCAAGUGGCUGAUUGAAGAGAAAGAGGGGGAAGAGGAGAACAUCACAGCUGCUGAGGAUGAAGAUAAGAACAGACCACAUCGGAUGUAUUCCUUCGAGGGGAUGGAUUACUCCAAAGUUCCGAGCACCGAGGACAAGUAUUGGAUUGCAUGCAGGUUGGCGGAGCAGUCAGCUGUCCAGGAAGACACUGAGACAGAAGGACACCACCUGCGCAGCAAAACCAGAGCUUUAUUCUGUGAAAGUUUACCCAGUACAUCGCGAAUAAAGAGGUGUCUGACUGAGUCCGAGCUGGAAGAGAGGCGCCGGAAGAAGGAGGAAUCGUCUGCGAAGAGAGCCAGAGUGCUGGAAGAGAAGAAGAAGCAGCGUGAGGAUCAAAAAUACAAAAAGAAAAUGGCCUGGUGGGAAUCCUGUGGCUACAAAUCAUUGUGCCUGCCCUCUGCUGAUUGUGAAAGUGAGGAUGAGGAUGUGGACGUCGAAGACCUCAUCAAUAGGAACUUAACAGACACGGACGACACGGAGAUUAGUUACGUCCUCGGCGACGUGACUCAUCCUAAGGCUAAAAGCGAGGACGCCAUCAUCGUUCACUGUGUGGACGAUUCUGGACACUGGGGACGAGGCGGCUUGUUCACAGCUCUGGUUAGUCGAUCGGAUGAAGUGAAAAAGCAGUACGAACUGGCCGGAGACAUGGAAGAUUUGGAGCUCGGGAGAGUGCUGAUGUUUCCCAUUGACGAUAAGCAGUCCAGAGCGUGUGGGACAGACUACCUGGCUCUGAUCGUCUCCCAGAAGAGAGACAAAGACAACAACCUGUCAGGGAUUCUCCUCAGCGCCCUGGACGAAGGGCUCAAGAUGAUCUCCAGAGUGGCCAAGCAGAAGAAAGCAAGUGUCCACCUUCCACGAAUCGGCCACGACACCAAAGGCUUCAACUGGUACGGCACUGAGAGACUGAUACGCAAGCACUUAGCUUCCCGAGGCGUUCCUACCUUCAUAUACUACUUCAAGCGUGCAGACUCGCACUCCAGCCCCUGGUCUUCGUCUUCGUCUGGGAGCUCCCCGAUCGCGUCUACCUCACGUGACGCCUCAGGACUCCCUGCCCCAGCACCCGUCUCUCCCGGCUCCUCGGGUUCUCUCGACCCUCCAGGUCCGUCUGGAGUGCAACCCAAAGGUUCUCGAGAAAGUUCUAGCUCAUCAGGGCAGGGUGGAAGAGCUCCAGGUUUGCCCGAGUUCAUGCGAGGGGUCCACGUGCACUUCUACAACAUGGAGGCGACGGAGAGAAAGAAACUCGCACGCCACCUCAUUGCGUAUGAUGGAGAUGAGGAGGACCUCAUGAGCCGCAUGGUUACUCACGUCGUGGCAGAGGUGGAAAAUCCAGUUCAUAUACAGGACUUACAGGAAAUGAGUCAGCAGUAUCCUCAGGCCAUCCUCGUGAAGAAGAAGUGGCUCGAGUCGUGUUUCGCCAACCAGAGAAAAGUCGCCGUUUCCAAGUUUCUUCACCGUUUCUGAUCUGUUCCUCGUUCAGUUUUAGGAAUGAGUUUUUACUCUAAUGGAAAAGUUCAGCCGAUACUUGAAAAAGCGUUCGAUGUGUUUCAGGCAGGAGAAAAUGAAAUCGAAUAUAUAUUUAUUUCUCUUUUUUCUUUUGGUUCAUUUGAUUCACACCUGAAGGUUAAAAAAAAGUUUUAAACACACUAUACCACUAUACAGCCAAAAGUUUGUGGACACCUGACUGUCAGAUUGGUACCUGCUUAGUUUUUGAAUGUUCAGACCCAUUAUGAUGUCCCAGUGCACAAUGCUGUGGAGCUGUUGAACACCUGUGGGAUGAAUGUGAACGUUGACUGCACCCCAGGCCUCCUCACCUCACCUACAUCACCACAUGACUUUAAUUACACCCUUGUGGCUGAACAGACCUCCAUGAAAUCUAUUGGAACGUCUUCCCAGAAGAUUGGAGCACAUCGUAAGAGCAAAUGUAGACUGGGAAGAUCAUAAAGAUACCAAUCUUGUUCUCAGGUGUCCACAGACUUUUGGUCUAUGCACUGUUUGUUUACAGGUUUUUAAUAGCUUGUGGUUGUAAUUGGUGUUUUCAUUGUUGAAUAAAAGCGAGAGUUAAAACCGACAAAAGGGAAAAA